AAACAAUCACGCCUAUCUUUUCAUUGGUCGUGCGGCGUCAGGUGACCGAUUAGAGCCGAGGGCAGAUUUUGAUUGGCAGUAGCGUUCUGGAAGGGCGACGUUUAGUCCAGAGGACAGAAGUAAGAUGGCGGCGCUCAGGAGCUUGUUUUGCGGAGGGAAGAGCUCGGUGUCCGUGUUCCUACAGAGAAGUUUCCACAGGAGCGGCCCGGCCGCCUUACAGGUGACUGUACGUGAUGCAUUAAACCAGGCUAUGGAUGAAGAAAUCGAGAGGGAUGAAAGGGUGUUUCUGCUCGGGGAGGAGGUGGCGCAGUAUGAUGGAGCCUAUAAGAUCAGUCGGGGGCUCUGGAAAAAGUAUGGGGACAAGAGAGUUAUGGAUACACCCAUAACUGAGAUAGGCUUUGCUGGAAUUGCUGUAGGUGCUGCCAUGGCUGGACUGAGGCCCAUCUGUGAGUUUAUGACCUUUAACUUCUCCAUGCAAGCCAUCGACCAGGUGAUCAACUCUGCUGCCAAGACCCACUACAUGUCUGGUGGGCUGGUGUCGGUCCCCAUAGUCUUCAGGGGACCCAAUGGGGCAUCAGCUGGGGUGGCCGCCCAACACUCGCAGUGCUUUGCCGCUUGGUAUGGACACUGCCCGGGGCUUAAGGUGGUGAGUCCUUGGAAUGCGGAGGAUGCUAAAGGUCUCCUUAAAGCUUCCAUUCGGGAUGAUAAUCCAGUGGUGUUCCUGGAAAAUGAGUUGAUGUACGGUGUCCCUUUUGAGUUAUCCGAGGAGGUUCAGUCUAAAGACUUUGUCGUUCCAAUUGGGAAAGCAAAGAUCGAGCGGCCAGGAUCCCAGAUAACACUGGUUUCUCACUCCCGCUCUGUUGGCCAUUGUUUGGAGGCUGCCAGCGUGUUGGAAAAGGAAGGAAUAGAUUGUGAGGUAAUAAACAUGCGUACGAUUCGGCCCAUGGACACUGAAACCAUCGAGGCGAGCGUUGUGAAAACAAAUCAUCUGGUGACGGUAGAAGGAGGUUGGCCACAGUUUGGAGUAGGUGCUGAAAUCUGUGCCAAUAUCAUGGAAGGCCCAGCCUUCAACUACCUUGAUGCCCCAGUGGUCCGUGUGACCGGCACUGAUGUCCCGAUGCCUUAUGCCAAGAUCCUGGAAGAGAACUGCGUUCCUCAAGUCAAGGAUAUUAUAUUUGCAGUAAAGAAGACUCUGAAUGUCCUGUAGAUUUGAUUGGUCAUGGAAAAGGUUUAGAAGAGGGUCAUUUGCAAUUUAUUGUCUUACGGACAUUGAACUUUCCUACGAGUGCAACGUUUGUACUUUCAAGGGGGUCAUGGAAGCUGCCUUGUGUGUAAUUAUAUUCGUACUGACCCCUCCAGCACCCGUUACUCCUCCCAUCCAAUCGUCUGUGCCAUUCACUUCCUUUAUGGAGAAACCAGUUACAAGGAGGGUUGUUUCAUCAUUGAAUUCUCAUUCGCUCCGGAGCCCAAAACACUUUCAUACUGUCCAGUCAUUUUCUCUAUUCAAAGGGGCAAUUGACAUUUAAAUUAUUCUGCAGCAUGACGCAGACUCGGAUGCAGUUGGUCAGUUUCAGUGGUGUAGCUUGUUGUUCAGCAGCUCUCUACUUUUGAAUUUCAGCAGUGAUCUGGCUGCUAUGGUCUAAAUUACCCUAGCAACCAGGCAGUGACUUAAAUAAGCUGAACUUAUUGGAGGCAAAACCAGCCUAUUGGGUUUAUUUCAUGUUUACAUGAUUUUCUAGUAGCCUUAAGGUAUGAAGAUCCAAAUUAUAGAAAUAUCCUAUAUCCAGAAUACCCUGGCUCCUGAGCAUUCUGCAUAACAGGUCCCAUACCUGCAAUAAAAAGUAACAAUAAAAUAAUAGCUUUACAGAGCAAUCAUAUUUUAGCUGCUGAGGUCGGUGACCCCCAUUUGAAAGCUGUUAAGGAACAUAUGAGGAAGACUUUUCAAAGAGUAUAAAAAGACCAGUUGGCGAGCUGCUAAGAACAUUCUAUAAUACUAAAAGUUAAUUUAAAGGUGAGCUUCCCCUUUAAUAUAAUUUUUACUGCAUUGGUGUCCGCCAUUUCUUCCUCUCUGGAGGGAAUAAACCAUUUUAACCACUGACAAGUCUUUGUAUUAAUUGUGCCUGGAACCCCUUUAUCUGCUUCUCAUUAGUUUAAUGGGGGGGUGAGCUUAUGAAUUGUAUUGUAUAGAAUAAAUUAAUUUACAUAUCCCUUC